AGAAGUUUGUUGUUUAUUUUCUCUACAACCGACCGACUGUUUGAAUUGGUGGAAAACUUAACUGAAAAAUGGAGGAGUUUCACGACCGGUUCUUGGAAUUCCACCCCAUCCAUGGUACCAACGUCAGACUGGACCAGUCGGAAACACAGGCCUGCCGGGUGGAGAGCUUUGCCAACGGGGUGUGUUUCAGCAAGCAGCCCCUGAAGCCUGGGGAGAUUUUUCUCAUAGAGAUCGAGGAGAAGGAGCUGGGCUGGUGCGGCCACCUCCGCGUGGGCCUGACAGCCAGGGAUCCCAUGAGCUUAGAGGUGGUACCUGAAUACUCCAUCCCGGACCUGAUGGACCUGGGAGACAGCUGGGUCUUUGCCAUCACCCGCAACCACAACAAGAUCGUGGAGGAGGAUCCUGGGGUCCAGGAGGCAGAUGGGGGAGGACUGGCAGGGGGUCGGAGGCUCGGAAGGGGGGAGGUUGAGGAUCCAGCUCCAGUUCAAGGAAUUGGAGGCAACAGCACGAAUACAAAAACUUUCUCUAUCGACUCUCACUUGCACAUUGAAAAUGUUUGGAUCCCAAGAGACAAGCUGGUCGGUCGGAGCCGGCCCGGACGCUUCAGCCACAUUUUGGAUGACUUGUACAAGACCAACGCGUUGCCUCCAACAGCCAGACGCAGCAGAAUAGGAGUGAUGUAUGUGCCUAGAGGGAGGGACCUGGCUGAUAUGCAUAUUGUCAUCAAUGGUGAGGACAUGGGAGCGUCUGCAAAGGGGAUCUCAACCGUCCAGCCCCUCUACGCAGUGGUGGACGUCUUUGCUGCCACCAAAUGUGUCCGGAUUGUCCAGGUGGAGUAUGGAUUCUCGUCCCUGCAGACGCUGUGCAGGAAGGCCGUCCAGAAGCACAUCAUCCACAGGACGGCCAUCGACUGGCUCGCGCUGCCAGAUGCGCUGAAGCACUACUGCAAGUAUGAAUGA